AUGCGGUUUACUACGGUAGCAUUUGCUUUGAUCGUAUUUAUUGUCGUCUUUUCGAUAUUUGUUGCUAACCUUGCCAACUUGAUCGGUAUCGACAAGCAAUUAAGUAACCGGCUCGAUGCCGCAUCGAACGAUGGGGAGCAAAGGCAGCCCAAACAGCUGAAGCUGGAUGAUCAGCACAAUCAUUUGAUGUGGUUUUUACAGGUUUCCGACAUACAUAUUAGUAUGUAUCUGGAUCCGGCCCGUGUACCGCAGUUGAUCGAAUUCUGCAACCGAACCGUUGAUAUCAUCGCACCAUCAGUAGUACUGGCCUCGGGAGAUCUAACCGAUGCCAAAACGUCAAACUUUCUCGGUUCCCAACAGCACGAACAGGAGUGGCGUUGGUAUCACGAGGUGCUGCGGGACACGAACGUGCUGAACAAAACGGUGUGGCUGGACAUUCGUGGAAAUCAUGACAACUUUAAUGUGCCCGCACUGCAAACCCGGCAGGAUCUAUUCACAAACUAUUCCGCUCAAGGCAGACACCAUACCCGGUCAUACAUGCAUCAGGUGGCAGCGGGUGGUGAACGUUACACAUUCAUUGCCGUUGACGCUUGCUUAGAUCCGGGACCGAAACGGCCCUUCAAUUUUGUCGGAAUGCUGUCGAGGAAUGAGACGCAACAUCUGAUAAAUCUAGCCGAACGGUCCCGGGAGCUCAACACGAACUACACCAUUUGGUUCGGACACUAUCCCACAUCGUGCAUCCUUACGCCGGGACUAGGUACGGGUGGUAUCCGUAAUCUAAUUGGUCGAUACCGGGAGGCUUACGCGUAUCUGGCCGGACAUUUCCAUACGCUCGGUGGAGCCGUACCCCGGAUGUAUACGCUGCAGGAGGAAGGGUUUCUCGAGCUAGAACUUGGCGAUUGGAUGCGCAACCGACGGUAUCGGCUGGCGGCUUUCGAUCAUGGUCUCUUCUCGUUCGUCGACAUCCAUCACAACCAGUGGCCGGUGGUGCUGGUGACGAAUCCAAAGGACGCUUUGUUCAACAUUCCAGGGAAGGAAGAUCUACAGUCGAUCGUGGACUCUACGCACAUACGUAUGCUGAUCUUUUCGCCGGCGAAAGUGGUAGAAUGUCAGGUGAAAAUAGACGGUGCCAGUUGGCAAGAUUGCCAACGCAUCAGCCAUCAGCUGUUCGUUGUACCGUGGGAACCGAAGCGUUACAAACGUGGGCUGCAUAAGCUUUUGGUCUACGUGCUGGAUGCGGAUGGAAGAAGCCGUGUGGUGGAGCAACGGUUUACCCUGGACGGGUCUCGGUUGCAGUUCGAUUUUCUGGCCAAACUGGUGCUGAUGUAUGAUACAAACAAAGUGUUUCAAACAUUUUUCAGCGUGGCGUUGAUCAUCUAUUUGGUACCGUUGUGUGUGUUUCGUAUAUGGCAUACCCUGGUUCGCAAGGGCACUGUGGCAAGGCCCCGCCUGCGGACAUUAUGCUGCGGUGGAUGGAUACGAAAAAUGUGGAUUUUGUCGACUGUCGAUCGUCUGAUGUUUCCUAUCGUGGGAUACUGCCUCUAUCUGACCUGCGGCCCAUGGUCCAUCGGAGAAGUCAUCGACGGCCACAUGGGGGUGGUGUUUGUGUGGGGUAUUUUUGUAAAUAACGCGUUUCUGCCUGGCACGCUCACCUAUUUGUAUGGAUUUUUUCAACUAAUGCUCUGUCAGCUUCCAUUGACCAUAAUAUUUGCCAACAACGUCGUACGACGCUUUUAUCGUCGUUCCGGUGAGAAGAACUACGGUUGGACAAUGGCACUGUGGAAAAAUUCUGCAUUUAUUCUGAUUAUGACAGUCGAGGUUUUACUGGCCGCGAUAUUUUGGAACUCGUACGGAUUACUGGCCUUCAUCAUUACACCACUUCGAGCAUGGUCCAUUGUAUUGAAUGUAAUCCUCUGGUACCAGUCGCGCUACAUUCCGGAAAAAUGUCUACGUUCCGCAUCUGCCGUUUGGUCGUCCUCUGAACCAAAACUUUCAUCGUUGGCGAACUAAUGAGCAAUGUGCCGGCAAACGAUAACUACGAAUAAUAGCGAACACCAUCGCAAUUGGUUUCCUGGUAGUUGUGUAUAAGAAGUUUGGUUUUUGAUUAUCUGAAAUUUCGCCUCGACUACACGUUGCCUUCUCUUAACUGAAGCUGUAUUCAGCUGGAAACACCGUUUUGUUACAAUUUACAUAAGUACUUCAAAUAGUCAUAUAUGUGAUCCAAACUGAUGAAAAAUCUAUGUGUACAAUUUUCAUUUAACAUUCACUCUAGUCACCGUCAUUGAGAAACACUUUGAGCACAGGGAAAUUCAAACAUACAAACAUAAUCACUAGAAAUGCUUAUUUAACUCUCUAUGGAAAUGUCAUCUUGUUGAAUUGCAGUAGUCUGGACUCAUUCAGCAAUUUCAUCAACUAUUGCAACAAUCACCACCGUGUCACGAUACCAAAAAAAAAAAGGUUUAAAUAUUUGCAGUUUUUUGCAAGCAAUAUUUAGCAAAGAUAUGGUACCCAUGUACACCCAUGUUCUAACGAAGUUAAUUAGUGGAGCUGUUAGUGAAACAUAUUGUAUCUUGGAGAAAAGUAUUAAUUGUGACUGGUGUAUUGCGUUCAGAACUAACAUGAUCGUAUGUAUUGAUUAUUUUGUUACAAGUAUACCAUAACAUGUUGUGAGAAACUAAUAAAAUGUGACGACUGUAAACCGUGA